AUGGUCGAAGUUGUAAACAUAAGCAUAAACACAAAAUGCGCCGAAAUUCAUUGCGACACUUCCGUAGAAGCAAACUUUCUGAUAAAAUGUAUUUGCGGCAGCACUUUUUUGGACUACGUCGCAUUCCAGCAGCAUUUUAUUAGUGACCACUUUCAGCCAGAACUUCACAACGUAAAGGAAGAGAACACUGGGGCACCUAUUAGCUGUUUGAAUGAACCUGUUGUUGAGCUACCAUCGUUGUCGGAGCUGCCACCUGUCGUAGAAACGGGAUAUGAUGCUUUUACGUUUGUCGAGUCCAAGCGGCAACCUGAUAAGCGACGCAAUGGACCAAAUUCGUGCGCUUAUUGUGGGCGGACAUUUCGACGACGAUAUUUGCUGGACACCCAUCUGAAUAUCCACACCGGCAGCAAGCCCCAUCAGUGCGACAUGUGUGGCAAGCAGUUCCGAGCCGUCUCCACGCUAACACGCCACUUGCGCACGCAUGAAGAUCGCAAGGAACUCCAGUGCCAACAUUGCGAGAAGCUAUUUACCCAUCGCAGUGCUCUGCUUAGCCACGAGCUGCGGCACACUCAAUUGCGCUGUUGGGCUUGCAAUAGCUGCGACAAGAGCUUCUACACCCGCAAUCAAAUGGACACCCAUAAACGCAAGAUGCAUGCGACUGGAACCACACACAAAGGCCAGGAUCAGGCAGACAACGCCGAACUAUGCACAUCCUUAUUGCCGUUUACUUGUGAGCUGUGCGGCAACAGUUAUCGAAGUGCCUCCACGCUAAGCACCCACAAACUAAAGAAACAUUAUCGCUUGGCCAAAUACAGCUGUGAACUGUGCGACAAAAAGUUUGUGGACUUUAAGCACUUGCAGCAGCACCAGUUUAUUCAUGUGAAGCCCGAAGCUACAAUAAACAGUUAAU